AGCUGCCGUUGCCAAGUAUGGGAAUCCCUAGGAGGGGCACCUGACUGACGCAACAUGCCGCAUUGGUCACGGUUUAAACUUCGAAGUCACUACCUGUUUCUUCUGUUUCUGUUUAUACUUUCAGCCUUAUUGCCUUAUUGAAUUGUUUGACAUCUGACGAUUACAUACCUUUCUCAUCUGCAUCCUUUCUUUAUUUCCGUACGGUGUAUACAAACCCCAUCAUCCAUACAUCUCUCUUCUUGCUCUAGGAUAGGACUGCCCUUUUCGAUCUAUUCUCAUUUCACUACUAGUGUUAUUCCGUCUACGGCACCUCGUACCAUCGUACAUACUCAAGCAUUACGCACCACUGCCUAACACGCCCGAAUGCGUUGACGACUAAGUCGGGAUUCGUCCGUCCCAUCCCAACAAACCGGUCUCGUGACACUUCUGUCUGACCCGUAUACCUCGCUGCGUUGCGUCUUCUAUAUCCACCUCCAUCCAAACCGUUCGACCUGCAAUCCUCCCGCUUCGCCUCUAGCGCCUCGCCUGGAUUCCCAUUCCCCAUCUAGCCGCAGAAGCGAAACCUUCCCCCCUCUCUCCGAACCAGAUGUCGAGAAAGACCCUGCGCAUCCUCUGCUUCGGCAACUCGCUGACGUCCGGAUUUCCGGCGGGGAAGCCGUAUGCGGAGAGGCUGAAGGAGAAGCUCGAGGACGCCUUCCUGGGCCACGGAUACGGCGAGAUCCUAUACGAGGUCGAUGGCGUGCCGGGAGAUUUGGUGACGAGGGGUUCGUAUCUCGGGCGCAUGGAGGAUGCUUGGAAGCAGGCAAUGCGGAAUCGCGAACCGUAUGACUGGACGAUCGUGCUAGGUGGGACAAAUGAUCUGGGUUGGGGAUGUUCGGCAGAGGACCUUAUUGCUGGCUUGAAGAAGGCUUGGGACAUCCCACUGUCCUACGGUGGUAAAGUACUGGCGUUAACGAUAACCGAUACGAGAAGUAGAUAUAAGGAUAUUAAAGAGCGUAGGGAUGAGGUGAACAAGGCUAUCAAAGCGUAUAAGAGGCCAAAUUUCUUCUACUUCGACUUAUACAACGCAAUACCGUACCACGAUAUGGUACCAGAAGACAGACCUAAGUACUGGGAAAUGGACGGCGUGCACCUUUCCGCCGACGGCUACAACCUCAUGGGGGAGAAGAUCGCCGAACAGCUAAUUAGAGUCAUCAGGCUUGCAGAAGCUCAGGAGGACGACAUUAAGAGCAUCGCGGCGGACCCGAAACAGAGACAAGCUAUCGAGGAUAUGAUAUUCGAGGAGGAGAGGGGGAACCCGAAGUUGCUUAGCCAAGGUUAUAUCGUCGUCCGUAAGAGCGACCUCGAUUAGAAUAGAUUACUAGGCUGGGUUAAUAAAGAUGAAGAUUACCACC